AUGGCAGUUGUUGCGUCGACAUCAGAUGAUUUCUAUGCAAACUACGCAUUCGAAUCGGCAGAUCGAAAAGAUGAAAACUCAAUUCGGGUACCUCGAAGUACAGAAGACAACCGUAGGCUCAAGUAUGGACAUGCAGAAGAUGAUAAUUCAGAUAUUGCGUAUUUGAAUUUUCCAGUUAUUGUACCAUCACUUGUAUUUACAGUUAUCUCAAUGGGAUGUUUUGUGGGAGGAAUUUUCACAUCCCUAAAAUCCGACUACAUCCCUGAUGAACGAGAAUUAAUACGAGGAUACGUUAUAGAAUAUGGCAGCAGUCGUUUUCGAUGUAACACAACAAUUCCAUUUCCAGCAGAUGGGCUUCCAUCAAUUCUUAAUCUUUUUGAAUUGAACGUGAUAGGAAAUGUCCUUUUCCGAUAUGCAGUCUGUAUACCAAUAGUAAUUAGAGUAUUCAAUGCACUUACAAUAAGAAAUCUUCUCCGUCAUGAGUACGACAAAAAGUUCUCAUCAUUACAUAAGGUUAUGGCGGAUUCAAUGCCAAUUUUCACUUUUGUUGAAGCUUUCAUGAUGUCCCUAUUCAGUAUUGUUACUGUACAUGAGGAUUUUCCAGAAGCGAAUCGUUUCUUUAAAAUUGUAUUUGCAAUGUCAUCCGUUGUUAGUAUGCUGACCACCACUACGGUUAUGUUUGCAUUUUCGUCGAAUUCUGAAAGUAAAUGGGAUACUGUAUCAAUGAUCAUGAAAUUAAUAUCAGUUGUUAUUUAUGUAUAUUUAAUGCCACAAUAUAUGCAAUAUCAUCAAUCUUCUAUCACAUUUCCAAUUUGUCAUUCAUAUAUGCCCCAACUGUUCGCUUUAAUGGAAUAUUUCAUUAUUAUUGCAUAUGCAACGUUUCAUCUGUCAUUCCUAAUCGAUAUUAGAAACAUUUCAUUCAUUUGUUUCCCACGAUCGUCCAGUGGAGAGUGUGAACCGAUUGAUCCAAUUAAUUUCAAAAAAGGAGCAAAAUAUGAACACUGCAGAGCUUUUGAAUAUAAUCAACGAAGGAUUCUUAGCUUGUAGAUUGAUGAAUUAGUUACAAUUAUGUUUAUUUAAUUUUGAAUACAGUUUUUUGUUGAA